GCAGAAGAUGGAAUCAACAUUUGAUCGACUUGUCGUUUACUGAAAUUCGAUGUCAGCACUCUUCUUCUUAUUGUUCUCAAAGUAAGAGCUCUUUUCUCUUUAUUAUCUAUCUGUUGCCAACUUGCCAUAACCUCCCUUAAACCCUCAUUCAGCCGCCGCCGCCGUCGCCUCUUUCCGGCGUCAAAAUGCAAUCGGCGAUCAUAUCUCCUUCACCACGCUCAAUCCCCUUCACCACAAUUACACCAUCUGUCUCCUCUACCAAUGUUCAAAGAAGCCGUUCUCUCGUUGUCAGAGCUUCCAUUUCUAAUGUCACUACGCAAUCUCCGCCCCCGUCGGUGGUUGUAGACUCUCCAUCUCCUAGUUCAACUGCUGCUCAGAAGCUCAACAAGUACAGCUCUCGCAUUACCGAGCCGAAGUCUCAGGGUGGGUCUCAGGCGAUUCUCCAUGGCGUUGGUUUAUCCGACGACGAUCUCAACAAGCCUCAGAUUGGGAUUUCGUCGGUUUGGUAUGAGGGAAAUACAUGCAAUAUGCAUCUGUUGAAGCUCUCUGAGGCUGUUAAAUAUGGAGUUAAAGCAGCCGGUAUGGUUGGGUUUAGGUUCAACACGAUUGGUGUUAGUGACGCCAUUUCCAUGGGCACCAGAGGUAUGUGCUAUAGCUUGCAGUCAAGGGACUUGAUUGCGGAUAGCAUAGAAACUGUUAUGAGUGCUCAGUGGUACGACGGUAAUAUCUCCAUCCCUGGCUGUGACAAGAAUAUGCCGGGUACAAUAAUGGCGAUGGGUAGGCUGAAUCGACCAAGUAUUAUGGUUUAUGGUGGAACCAUCAAGCCUGGUCACUUUCAAGGCCAUACAUAUGACAUAGUGUCCGCAUUUCAGGUAUAUGGAGAAUAUGUAAGUGGGUCAAUAAGUGAUGAAGAGAGAAAGAAUGUUGUCCGCAACUCCUGCCCGGGGGCUGGGGCUUGUGGUGGUAUGUAUACAGCUAAUACAAUGGCAUCUGCUAUUGAAGCCAUGGGCAUGUCUCUUCCUUACAGCUCGUCAACACCGGCUGAGGAUCCACUAAAGAUAGACGAAUGCCGUUUAGCUGGAAAAUAUCUUCUGGAAUUAUUGAAGAUGGAUUUGAAACCACGGGAUAUUAUUACGGAAAAAUCUCUACGAAAUGCAAUGGUUGUUGUUAUGGCUUUGGGUGGUUCCACUAAUGCAGUGCUACACUUGAUUGCUAUAGCAAGGUCUGUUGGUUUAGAGUUAACCCUUGAUGAUUUUCAGAAGGUUAGCGAUCAGGUUCCUUUACUUGGCGAUCUUAAGCCUAGUGGAAAAUAUGUAAUGGAGGAUAUUCACAAGAUUGGAGGAACACCUGCAGUCAUUCGGUAUCUGUUGGAGAACGAACUUUUAGAUGGAGAUUGCAUAACUGUCACGGGAAAGACGCUGGCCGAAAAUGCUAAACUUUUCCUUCCUCUAUCUGAAGGGCAGGAAAUUAUCAAACCUUUGGAGAAUCCCAUCAAGGAAACAGGGCACCUUCAAAUAUUAUACGGAAAUCUUGCUCCUGAGGGUUCAGUGGCUAAGAUUACUGGCAAGGAGGGGCUAUAUUUCUCUGGUCCUGCUCUUGUUUUUGAAGGUGAAGAAUCGAUGAUUGCAGCUAUAACAAAGGACCCCUCAAGUUUUAAGGGGAAAACAGUGAUCAUUAGAGGUGAAGGCCCUAAAGGGGGACCGGGAAUGCCUGAAAUGUUAACACCCACUAGUGCAAUAAUGGGGGCAGGUCUGGGGAAGGAAGUGGCAUUGCUGACUGAUGGUAGGUUCUCCGGAGGUUCACAUGGCUUCGUGGUCGGUCACAUCUGCCCCGAAGCAUUGGAUGGUGGUCCAAUCGGAUUGGUUCAAAAUGGCGAUAUCAUCAAUGUUGAUAUCAAGAACCGAAGAAUCGAUGUUCAAUUAUCCGAUCAAGAGAUGGAAGAACGAAGAAAAAACUGGGUUCCACCUGCAUACAAGGCUACUAGAGGCGUUCUUUACAAGUACAUCAAGAGCGUGAAACCGGCAUCGAAAGGGUGCGUGACAGAUGAGUAAGACUAACCUGUAGGCUGCAGUUAGAGUUACACCAGAAACAGUUCGUAGAAGCACUUCUUGCUUUCUACAGCCAAUUUUCUAGAACGCCUUCUUUAUCCUCUCUUUCCCUCUCUCUCUACCAUUUUCUUUCAAGUCAUUUUUAUUUGUUGAGGAAGACAGUGGAACAGGCCAUGCAUUUGGUGUAUCCAUUUAAUUUUAAUUAGUGACGUUUUUAUCUAA